UCUUUCCUUUCAGGUGGGGCGGCGGCGUCCGCGGGAAAUCCAGGCCUGCAGUGUUCGGCUAGGUACAGCGCGGGAAUGGCAGGCCCGGGGAGCCUGGUCCUGCGGCCCUGGAUUCGAGAGCUGAUUCUGGGGUCAGAUGCUCUCUCAAGUCCACGGGUCGGGCAGCUGCUCGAGGUACUUCAGGAGGCCAAGGCCCCGGGCCCAUCCCACGCCCCUGACGCACCUGAUGUCGGGGCCAUGCUGCUUGUGUCCGACGGGACCUACAGUAUCCGAUGCUUCGUGACGCGGGAAGCCCUGGACACCUCGGCCUGCCCGCAGAAUUCUAUCUCCAGGUGGACCGCUUCAGCCUGCUGCCCAGUGAGCAGUCCCGCGUCCGGGUACCUGGUUGCAACCAGGACCUGGAAGUGCAGAAAAAACUCUAUGACUACCUUGAGGAGCACCUUUCAGAGUCCACCUCCCCCAAUGCAGGUACUGGUAGGGGGUGACCCUAACUCCCUGUGGAGUGAUCUCUCAGGCCUUAAGCCCUCAUCCCUCCUACCCUACCAUCCCUUCUCUUUGAGCCUCAGUCUAUCCUCUGGUGGCCUGCCCCCAGGCCUAUCACUGUCCCAGCUUCUGGAUGAGGUGAAGGAGGACCAGGAACAUCAGGGGGCGCUAGUGCACCUGGCUGAGAGCUGCCUGAUGCUGGCAGGCCCUUGCACAACACCCCCUCUCACCCGCUGGGCUGCCUCACGCUGCAGGGCCACGGGAGAAGCUGGAUAUACUGUCCCCAGCAUAAUGCUGCAUAUCUCUAAGAAUGACCAGCAAAUUCUGAGCUCUCUGGGCCGAGGUCAGAGGGCACAAAGCCCUGAGCUGCCUGCACCAGACCCGGCUCUGCAGGAUAUCUCUCCGACCCUGAUCUCCUCUCCUUCUUCCUCACCCAGUUCCUCAGGAACCCCUGCCUUACCCAGCCAUAUGCCAUCAGAGGAAAGCGGUGCCAGCAUCAGCCUUCUGCCUGCUCUGUCCUUGGCUGCUCCAGACCCAGUGCAGAGGGGCAGCUCCCAGGCCCUACCAGCCAUCUGUUCAGCCCCUGGACCCCUGCCCCUCAGCUCCCCACACCCCAGCCAUUCAUCCAACUCCUCACUUCCAAGCUGCAGCCCCAGUCUCUUGCCACUUGGCCAUGUCCCCAAUCCACACCAGGCCCAUAUGACCAGCACCCACAAACCUAGUCUGGAGUUCAAAGAGCUAGGCUUGCCUACCAAGAACCUGCAGCCUUCUCCAAGGACUAGAGCCACCAAGGGAGCUCAGGAGUCCUGCCCUGUCUGGGACACCCCAAAGAGACAUCGUGAUGGUUCCACCUUCCAAUAUGAAUACAAGCCACCGUGCACCUCGCUCUGUGCCCAGGUCCAAGCUGCCAGGCUCCCUCCCCAGCUCGUGGCCUGGGCCUUGCACUUUCUGAUGGAGCCACAGCCGGAGUCUGAACUAACUCAGGUGUGAGGGGUCAUGCGGGCACAUUGGAGGAUAUGUGUACACAGGCCCAAGCCCGGGGGUGGACAAACAGUGCUCCAUACUCUAAUUUCUUUGAGUUUUUUAAUAAAAUAAUCUCAUGCAGCA